CCGAGCCGGGGGCGCCCAGCGUCUCCAGUCCCCGCCGUGCCGCGGGCUGGUGGGCUCCGCAGCGGCUCCUGCGCGGGAGAGAUGACCCUGCCCGGGGGUCCGACGGGCAUGGCGAGGCCGGUGGGCGCGGGGCACUGCAGCCCCGGGCUGGAGCGGGCCCCGCGCCGGAGCGUCGGGGAGCUGCGCCUGCUCUUCGAGGCGCGCUGCGCGGCGGUCGCUGCGGCCGCCGCCGCGGGGGAGCCCCGGGCCCGCGGGGCCAAGCGGCGUGGGGGGCAAGUCCCCAACGGGCUUCCGCGGGCUCCCCCGGCCCCGGUGAUCCCGCAGCUGACCGUGACAGCCGAGGAGCCGGAUGUCCCCCCGGCCAGCCCCGGGCCGCCCGAGCCCGAAAAGGGCUGGCUCCCCACUGCCGGCUCGUCGCACCUGCAGCAGCCGCGCCGCCUCUCCACCUCGUCCGUCUCCUCCACGGGCUCGUCGCUGCCCGAGGACUCGGAGGACGAUCUGCUGAGCGACAGCGAGAGCCGGAGCCGCGGCAACGUGCAGCUGGAAGCCAGCGAGGACGUGGGUCAGAAAAGCCACUGGCAGAAGAUCCGGACCAUGGUAAACCUGCCCGUCAUGAGCCCCUUCAAGAAGCGCUACUCCUGGGUGCAGCUGGCGGGCCACACGGGGAGCUUCAAGGCGGCGGGCACCAGCGGGCUGAUCCUCAAGCGCAGCUCGGAGCCCGAGCGCUCGUGCCUGGCGCGGCUCAUGGCCGACGCGCUGCGCGGCUGCGUGCCCGCCUUUCACGGCGAGGUGGAGCGCGACGGCGAGAGCUACCUGCAGCUGCAGGACCUGCUGCACGGCUUCGACGGGCCCUGCGUCCUCGACUGCAAGAUGGGCGUCAGGACUUAUCUGGAAGAGGAGCUGACCAAAGCUCGCGAGCGGCCCAAGCUGCGCAAGGACAUGUACAAGAAGAUGCUGGCGGUGGACCCCGCGGCGCCCACCGAAGAGGAGCACGCGCAGCGCGCCGUCACCAAGCCGCGCUACAUGCAGUGGCGCGAAGGCAUCAGCUCCAGCACCACGCUCGGGUUCCGCAUCGAGGGCAUCAAGAAAGCCGACGGCUCCUGCAGCACCGACUUCAAGACCACGCGCAGCCGGGAACAGGUGCUUCACGUCUUCCAGGAGUUUGUGGAAGGGGAUGCAGAAGUGUUGCGGAGAUAUCUGAACCGCCUGCUGCAGAUCCGGGACACCCUGGAGGUCUCUGAGUUCUUUCGGCGGCACGAGGUGAUCGGCAGCUCGCUCCUCUUUGUGCACGACCACUGCCAUCGCGCUGGCGUGUGGCUCAUCGACUUCGGGAAGACCACGCCCCUCCCCGAUGGCCAGACCCUGGACCACCGGCGGCCCUGGGAAGAGGGCAACCGCGAGGACGGCUAUUUGCUGGGGCUGGACAAUCUCAUUGGCAUCCUGGCCAGCCUGGCUGAGAGAUGAGGCUGUGCCCCCGUCUCGCUGGAAGGGCGGGUCUGGCAGAAGGACUGUGGUGGCAGAGUACCUGUUGUGCAUGCGGGAGAGACUGAACCCCGCCGUGCGGGCUGUUUGUGUGGUCCUGCAAGGCCAGGUGCCAACCACGAUGGACAUACUGCUCCAAGGGCAGGGCUGGGGGGCUGGCACCCAUACAAGCCCCAGCUUUUCCAGAGCCGAUGACACUAAAGGAGAGGGUGGGGGGUGGGAGAGGGUGGGACAGUGGGGUCACUGGGCUUCAUCUUCAGUCUGGCCCCUUUGAGGGGGCUGAGCACCAUUCCAGAGAGGUCAGGUUUUAUUUUGCAGACACUAGAUUUAUCGUUCUAACCUCUCACACUACAGUGGAGUCCCUAUCCCAAUAAAACCAAGGCACCAGUUUUGGCAACCCAAGGCUUCAUCCCCUCCCUCCUAUCCCCUUUCUUAGCUCCCUGGCAUCCUUCCAGUCCUCCUAGCUCCCUGAAAGGUAGAAAAAAAGCACGUGUUGUUUUUUUUUUUAAUUUUUAAAGUUAAUUUCUUUUUGAGGAGCUCUUUAUUAGGGGCAUCAGUCGGACUGGGGGCUGCCCAGGUGAAGAGCCCCUGUGAAGGGGAGAGAACAGUUCAGAGGAUUCAACUCCCCAGCACACUUGGAGGGGUGGCCUUAAUCGGGGCUUCCCCGGGAGGCCUGGGCUGCUUUCCAGUGUGGUGCUGCCUAGCACCUGGGCAGGCCCGGGCAUGCAGCCCCAACUGCAGGGGACAGGGGCAACAGAACAACAAGCAACUGGAGGCCCGGCAUGGCACGGCGGGUAGCUGCUGUCCUCACCACCAUCACAGGCCUCACCCCCCAGGGCCCUCAAGCACCCAGGAAUCAUAAGGAGGAUUCUAAAUUUUCUGCCAUUGGAGACCCUUGGAUUUUGAGGGGCUUGUGGUCAGAGGAGAGUAAGGAACAAUGCAGCCUCCUCACCAGCUCUUCAAGCCCCCCAGAUUCAGAUCUGGGCCCUGUGGGCAUGGGAUCCCCCCAUGGACCUGCCACCCUUCCCCCCACACCCAUGCUGAAGCCCUUUUCCCAUCUAGGGUGAUUCCCACGCUACUGGUUGCAUGAAUUUAGCACAUCAGCACCUGGUACUGGGAGGUGAGGAUGCAGGGGCAUUUGGUUUAUGAUAGCCCAUCUGAUAGGAUGGUCAGGCUUCGGGGCAGAUCCGAGUGAGGAUGAUUGAUGCAAUGCCCCAAGAUGCUGUCCUUGGCUGGGGGUGGGGGUGGGGCAGGGAAAUAGGACAUUGGGUAAGGAAGAGAGGCAUUUGCCUUGAACCACUUUGAUCCCUGGCACCCUGGAGCCCCACCAAGAAUAAUCCCUGAGCAUAGAGCUGGGAGUAAGCCCUGAGCAUCACCACGUAAGGUCUCCCCAAAAAAAUUCUGUUGGAAGGGGGUCAGAGAGAUGACUCAAAAGACUGGAGUGCAUGCAUUUCUCAGGAUACCCAAGUUGGAUUCCUGGGACCACAGAACCAGGAGGGAACCCCUGAGCACCUCAGUCAUGCCCCUCCCAAAAAAAGUUCCUUGGGGAGAGGGCCUCUCUUCCACAGAGAACACAUCAUUUUGUGCAGGUCUUAGGAACAUGAGGGCAUUUCUAUGUGGGCCCCAAGGGAGAAAGGAAAACUCUAGAGCUGACAUUGGGGGACAGUGGGCCUGUCCCCACUUUAUUGUGGGCCUGGGGACAGAGAGGCCAGCACUGGGCCAGUCACUUCCCCGCCGGAAGUAGUGGAGAUUGGGACUGAUUCAUGGUGGAGGUUAGAACCCAGGAGCAUCGCCCCCACAGGUCUGGCCACAUCCUGCCAGAGAUGAAAGGAACAGUAGCUAGUGCUCCCCCUGCCCAGCCCACCUGCCUGCCCCCUUCCGCCAGGAUUCCUCCCACUCCAUGGCCUGUAAUGGGAACUGUGGGCACUCUAUCUGCAGGACCCAGAUGAGUGUACCAAUGCCCUACAGGGAGCAGGGGCUUGAAUCAGCCCCUGGGCCUCCUUAGAUCCCACCCCAGUGCAGGGGUGUGGGAGUGGGGAAUGCUUGAAUCAUCCCUGCUUGCUGUGUACUUCAUCCCCGCACACUGGAAGGAGGCUGAGUCUCAUGGCAGCCACUGCAGUCAUCAUCAGAGUCAGAGAACCUGUGGGAGGGGGCAGAUUUCUGGGGAAAGAAAGGCGCCUCCAGGGGAAGCUCCUCUGUUACAGGCCCAGCCUCCGCUAUGUCCAUGGUUCCAUGCUGCUCCCCCCUUCUAGACUAAUGCAGCCUCGCCCUCCUCAGAACCAUUAAGAGUUUACACCUCCCAUGGCAAUCAUCACUUUGAGAGAUAUAUAUAGAUAUCGAGCUAUAGAAAUAUUGCCAUGUAGGGCUCCCUUCCCACACGAAGUCACUAGUGGCGAGGCCUCCUCGGAAGCAGAGCUGUGUGGAUGUGCUCCAGUGCCUUUUUGAUACCACGUUCUUGGCUCUAAGAUCAGAGUGCCCCAGCCCACACAGUCCACUCCUGUGAUCUUGGAACUGAUGCGUACUAAGUUCUGAAGAAUGGUGCAGCCUGGACUGGUGCAAAGGCUGAGUUUAUACGGUUGGUAUCCUGGUGCAUCCUGGCACCACCUGGAGGGCUGGGACCUUCCCCUCCAGUUUCUGUUCCAGUGGCUUGGAAAGAGGCUAGAAUGAGUGUUUCUGUCUAUUUUAGGUGGAGGGCCACACUCCCAGAGACACGGGGCUACUCCCCACUCAAGAAGCAAAGCAUUAGGCCAAGAGAGCCACUUCCCCAGACAGAGAAUCUCCCCUCCCACCAGCCUUUUAUUUUUUUUCUUUUUGGUCACACCUGGUGAUGUUUAGAGUUUACUCCUGGCUCUGCACUCAGGAAUUACUCCUGGCAGUGCUGGUUAGGGGACCAUAUGGGGUGGCGGGAUGGCGGGGAUUGAACCCGACAGAGUGCAGGCAAAUGCCGUAUUGUACUAUCACUCAGACCCCCAGAAUCUCCAUUUCUUUUGUUUGUUUGUUUGGUUUGGGGGCCACAUUUGAUUGUGCUCUAAGGUCAGUCCUGGUGGAGUCUAGGGGAUCACAUAUAACACAGGGGGCUUGACUGGCACCUGACCUGCUGUACUAUCAUUCCACUUGGAGAAAAUUUGCAUUUUUAACAACUGA